AUGGUUGGAGUGGAUCACACCAGCCCCAUCAGGAUUGAAGGGGGAGUAGGAUACCUCCUGAUUAUCACUUGUCUAACCAGCCAUUACCUGGAUUACUGCAACGGGCUGGAUGCUGACACCUUCGUGUUGUUAUCAAGGAGGUUCUCUGCCAACAACAGAGCAUCAUCCACUGUCUACAGCGACAACGCCGUGACCUUUCGUAGAGGGAGCAGUUUCUUGAGGGAGGUCUAUGAAGAAGACAUGAUGAAACUGUUCAUCCGAAAGACGGGAAUCAAGUGGAUAUUCCAGACUCCCAGGUCUCCCUGGAAAGAAGGCUUUUUCGAAAGAUUGGUAAGGGUAGUCAAGCAAAAGCUUGCAAUUGCCCUUCGACGCAACGUGUUCACAGAAGAACAGCUUUGCAUGCUCAUCAAGAAGACCAGAGCAGUAAUUACCAGCUGUCCAUUAAUGUAUGCAGGGGACACAAGGGAGGCUGAAGUCCUUACACCCUCGCAUCUUAUACGAGGCGAUGUAAUCCGUCUACUGACACCAGUGGUCUAA